AUGGAAACUUGCGCCAUAUGCCUCGAAAAUUUAGAAAGCCAAGAUCGCGGAAUUCUUUAUCCAUGCAAACACUCUUUGUUUCAUUCUUCAUGUGUUUCGCAUUGGGGAGAUAUUUGCAAUAAGUGUCCUGUUUGCAAGAUGACUUUCCAAAAUAUCAAUGAUAUGAAAGUAGAAGAUCAAAACAACCUGCCCAAACGAAUAAUAAUUUACAAGCGGGAUUUAAGUGAAAGUGAGUAUGAAAGUAGCGACGAAAGUGAAUUUGAAGGUGAAAUAGAACCAAUUCAAUAUCCUCCCAGAGCGAGAUUACCCAGAAAAUGUAGAGUACAUAGCGCCUUAAAAAUUUAA